GAAAGGAAAGAAUAAACACAAGGAUCUGUCCUUGUUUUCAAGUAUAUAACUAUGAUGUUCUAUUUUGAGUAGACAGUUAAUCGUCAGAAAAAUAGCUGUUUGAAAACCUACGCUGAAUAACUUCUAUACUUAAAGUUGUGAGCGUAUCUAUUUUCAGAAGAAAAUUUCGUGCACUAACUGACUAUUUUUCCCGAUAAUACUCUAUAAAAUAAUUCUAAAUUAUGUUGUGUAAUAGCUAUAUUGAUCUAAUGAAGGGAAUAGCGAAAUUAAGCUAUUUCGCCUAGAAUCGGUUUUGAAAUGCUCUCUAACAUUUUAAGAAAUAUCUUUGGUUAAACGUUGUUCUAAAACUAGUCAGCCUUGUCCAGUUUUUAUUGAAAACGAGAAAAAACUAGGCAAAAGAAGAUAAAAAGAGAAGAAAAUCUUAUUUAGAAGAAAAGAGACAAAAAAUCUUUUUAAUGUCAUGACUUCAGCCCUUUGUCUCGGUGAAAUAGUACUUAAAAUUUCAUCAUGGUGGUCAAUAUUUUAUUUUAAACUCUACAUAAAUACGUUGAAUGUAGUUCACGACAUCGUCACAAUGCAUGAGUUAUGAAAUGAAUAGACUAAGCGUGCUUACAUUUAUCUACAAUAUGCGCUGCUAAUUGAUACACUAUAUAAUUAUCUUAAUUAUUGACACUAUGAGUAUCUAAUAUUAACUUUCAUAAAUGAAUUGCUGCUACUAUUGCAAAACUCUCAAUAAUAGACUAUUUAAUAUGUUCAGAAUUUUCAUGAUUAACUUUCAUUUUUCAAAAUUCAAAACAAGAAGUCCAGUAAUUCAGUGUAGGUUUUCAAACAGCUAUUUUUCUGACGAUUAACUGUCUACUCAAAAUAGAACAUCAUAGUUAUAUACUUGAAAACAAGGACAGAUCCUUGUGUUUAUUCUUUCCUUUCUCUUCUAGCGUGAUGCACAAACAAGCAUAUAGUUGAUUUUUAACACGCAUGGGUUGGCCUUAAUGUAUGUAGAUGGUGAUGAUGAUCACCCAUCAACAAAAUAUAACGAAUUACAUAAAAAUACACAAAAAUUAGAACCCAAAUGGCGGUUCAACCUACUGGUACUUUUGGUUGGAUAUUAUUAGGCCUUGUGUUGUUUUCUUAUUUAGUUUUGAUCGUUUUAAAUUUGGUUUCAUUUUCAACAAGAGGAUGGAUUGUACUAACCGAUGUUCAUAUAAAAUUUGGAAUAUGGAGACUAUGUGAUUUUUCAACGGGAGUUAGUUAUUGUAGUGCGUGGAGCAGUGAACAUCCAACCGAUUUAUCACAAAAUGUUUUUCCAAAGACACCAGGUUAUAUUCAUGCUGCACAAGGUCUAGAAAUUGUCUCACUUGUCUUGUACGUCUUUGCUGGUGUAAUAAUCAUUAUUGCAUGCAUCUAUUAUUCCAUUCCACAGUUGUUUCUCGCCGCAGCUGUUCUGUUAUUUCUAUGCAUCGCAUUUUUAUCUGGUGCUCUCGGUGUAGUGGGUAGUCAACCAUUUUGGCAUCAUACGGGUUACUUACACUUUUCGUGGUGGAAUGGACUUGUCGGUCUUAUCUUCACAAUUAUUUGUACAAUUGCACUCGUAUUAUUAUCAUUUGCUAUAGUUCCAAUUCUGCCUGGUAAAGGCGUAGUAGGAACGGGCGGCUUCAAUAAGAGGGGUAAUAACUUAGGCUAUCCUCCAAUGGUAGGGGGUGGUUUUCCUCCAGUUUAUGAUCCUUUCAUUUAUGGUGGUGGUAAUUUAAUGUCGUAUAAUCCUCAGCUAUUCGUUCAGUCGCAACCAAUGGUGUCACCACAAGAUGAACUCCAACAAUUGACUUAUUUGAACUAUCUGUUAUCUCAACAACAGUUGCAACAACAACUGCAAGAACAACAACAGUUGCAACAACUGUUGUACCUUCAGCAGUUGCAAGAAGCUUCUUACUUGCCAACAUAUCAACCACAACUUGCUCUAUCUGGAUAUCAACCACAUCAAUCAUCCUUGAUCAGUGAACUAGCUCGACAAUACGUUCAAAGUGAAGCAAAUUCAUCGUUCGAUAUACAACCAUACGGACAAGCACAAUAUUACGAUUACCUUUGA